AUGGCAGUAGGGCAAAGGUCGGAUGAGUCUUUAAGAGAUUAUAUCAGACGGUUUAAUAACAAGGCAAAUACAAUCCCGAAGUUGCAACAGGAGAUAGCUGUGAUGGCAUUGAUGAAUGGCUUAAAUGAUUCCGAGUUUAAGCGCUAUCUUACACGAAAGAAUUUUCAAACAUUGGCAGCUGCUUUUAAUAAAGCCAAUGAUUACAUCAAAAGUGAAGAAUUGAUGAAAACAAGUAGUAAGAAUGUAGCUGUUGGCAAAGGUCAAUAUCAAUAUGAAGGUGCAGCCUUUGGAAGUGGAAGGCCGAGAACUUCGACCCCAAGAAGGGGAGGGGGAAAUCGGCAAGAGUUUAGGACUACAAAACCACCAAUGCGGUACAGUUUGUAUACUCCCUUGAAUACAUCAAGAGCAACAAUUUAUUCGGUUAAUCAGAAUAGAGAAAGCUGGACAAGGCCAAUUCCGAUGAAGGCAAGACCAAGAGAUGUUAAGAAGUAUUGUGUUUCAUAG